AAAAAAGGUCACUUAGAUGCCACUUUGAAGGAACAAGGUCGAUUAUGUCAAAACUUAGUGGGUACAAAGAAAGAAAUGUGCUCCAAGAUAUAAGAAAUAACAUGAGAUGACCAAGAAAAACUUGUGAUCUCAACAAUGGUUAUUAAGAAUACAGUCAAGAAGAACAAAUACCAGAAUAAGUACAUGGUCUUAAGGCAAGACAAAAGGCCACAUGGGCAAAUUAGAAAAACAUGUCAGAGAAGGACAAACCCCGGCAAGGGGACCCUCAAGGUACUUGAAAGGACAUAACUAAGACCAAAAACUCCCCCAAGCCAUGGUAAGAAAAGUGAACUUUCAAGGAUGAAACUUUUAAAGAGGGGGAGAAUUUGUAAGAGACCUAGUAAGAUGAAGAGAUCCUCGAGUAAGUUUAGGGUGUCCAAAAAAGAAUUAAGGGAUCCAAAAAAAGGAUUAAAAGAUACAAGAAUGGUGGUUAAUUGGCCAAAGGAAGAGAUUGUCAAUGCCCUAAAGGAAUGAUAAGGAUUUAAGGCUUUGAAAAAGAAAUAGCAUUUACUCCCAAUGAAAGGACUUAAGACCCUAAGAGCCCACCAAUUAGGGUUCAAGAAGGAAGAAGAGAAAUCUCUAUGAUGCAACCUUGAAGGAACAAGGUUGAUUAUGGCAAAACUUGUUGGGUACAAGGAAGGAAAUAUGCUCCAAGAUAUAAGGAAAAACAUAAAAAUGACCAAGAAAGACUUGUAAUCUCAACAAAGGAUGUUGAAAGACUUUCAAGAAGAACAAAUACGAGAUUAAGUACAUAGCCUUAAGUUAGGACAAAAGGCCACAAGGGCCAAUUGGAAAAACAUGUCGGAGAAGGACAUACCCUUGCAAGGAGACCCUCAAGGUAUUUGGAAGGACAUAACUAAGACCAAGAACUCCCCCAAGCCAUGGUAAGGAAAGUGAACUUUCAAGGAUGAAAGGUUUUAAGAGGGGGAGAAUUUGUAAAAGACCAAGUAAGAUGAAGAGAUCUUCGAGUAAGUUUAGGGUGUCCAAGAACGGAUUAAGGGAUCCAAAAAAAGGAUUAAAAGACUCAAGAAUGGUUAAUUGGCCAAAGGAAGAGAUUGUCAAUGCCCUAAAGGAAAGAUAAGGAUUCAAGGCUUUGAAAAAGAAAUAACAUUUAUUCCCAAGGAAAGGACUUAAGACCCUAAGAGCCCACCAAUUAGCCUUGUUCAAGAAGGAAGAAGAGAAGUCUGUAUGAUGCAACCUUGAAGGAACAAGGUUGAUUAUGGCAAAAGUUGUUGGUACAAGGAAGGAAAUAUGCUCCAAGAUAUAAGGAAGAACAUAAAAAUGACCAAGAAAGACUUGGAAUCUCAACAAAGGAUGUUGAAAGACUUUCAAGAAGAAAAAAUACGAGAAUAAGUACAUGGCCUCAAAUUAGGACAAAAGGCCACAAGGGCAAAUUGGAAAAACAUGUCGGAGAAGGACAUAACUAAGACCCAGAACUCCCCCAAGCCUUGGUAAGCAAAGUGAACUUUCAAGGAUGAAAGUUUUUAAGAGGGGGAGAAUUUGUAAGAGACCUAGUAUGAUGAAGAGAUCCUCGAGAAAGUUUAGGGUGUCCAAGAACGGAUUAAGGGAUCCAAAAAAAGGAUUAAAAGACUCAAGAAUGGUUAAUUGGCCAAAGGAAGAGAUUGUCAAUGCCCUAAAGGAAAGAUAAGGAUUCAAGGCUUUGAAAAAGAAAUAGCAUCUACUCCCAAGGAAAGGACUUAAGACCCUAAGAGCCCACCAAUUAGCCUUAUUCAAGAAGGAACAAGAGAAGUCUGAUUAUGGCAAAAGUUGUUGGGUACAAGAAAGGAAAUAUGCUCCAACAUAUAAGGAAGAAACAAAUAUGACAAAAAAAGACUUGUAAUCUCAACAGAGGUUAAGAAGACAAUCAAGAAGAACAAAUACUAGAAUAAGUACAUGGGCUUAAAAGCAGGACAAAAGGCCACAAGGGAAAAUUAGAAAAACAUGUCGGAGAAUGACAAACUCAUGCAAGGAUCCUCAAGGAACUUGGAAGGACAUAACUAAGACCAAGUACUCCCUCAAAACAUGGUAAAAAAAAGUGAACUUUCGAUGAUUAAAGUUUUUAAGAGGGAGAAUUUGUAAGAGCCCAAGUACGAUUAAGAUACUCGGGUAAGUUUAAGGUGCCCAAAAAUGGUUUAAGGAAUCGAAAAAAAAAAGGAUUAAGAUACCCAAGGAAAGUUAAUGGGCCAAAGAAAGAGAUUUUCAAUGCCCUAGCAAGAAAUUAUAAGGAUUCAAGCCUUUGAGAAGGGUUUGAAAAAAAAAUAGUAUUUACUCCAAUGAAAGAUGCAAAGGACUUAGGACCCUAACAACCCACCAAUAUACCUUGUACAAAAAGAAACCAGAGAAGUCUCUAAGAUACAACCUUGAAGAAAAAAUGUUGAUUAUGUCAAAAAUCUUGUUGAGUACAAGGAAGGAAAUAUGCUCCAAGAUAUAAAGAAAAAACACAAGGAUGACAAAGAAAGACGUGUAAUCUCAACAAAGGAUGUUAAGAAGAUAGUCAAGAAGAACAAACGCCAGAAUAAGUACAUGGCCUUAAGGCAGGACAAAAGGUCACAAGGGCAAAUUAGAAAAACAUGUCGGAAAAGGACAAACCCAUGCAAGGAUCCUCAAGGAACUAUGAAGAAGGACAUAAUUAAGACCAAGUACUCUCCCCAAGGCGUAGUAAGAAAAGUGAACUUUCAAAGACGAAAGUUUUUAAGAGGGGGGAAUCUUUUGGAUCUUUUGAGUUUGUUGGUUAUGUAUGUAAGGAAAGAAGGAAGAUAAGUUUGGAUACGAGAAUUGUGGGUUAAAAUAUGAGAUUGGAGUCCUAAUUUUUUGAUAAUAGACAAUCUUUUGAAGUUUCUAAGUUUAAUGGUUAUGUAUGAAAGGAUGGAAGAAAGUUAAAUUUGGAUACAAAUUUUGGUUUAAAGUAGGUAGGGAAAGAAGAAAGAUAAGUUUAUAAGUUAUAACGGUUUAGGAGUUUUUUCGAAGAAUUAAAUGAGAUGAUAUCCUUGUAUAAAAAGGAAAACGAUCAACUUAGUGUGGUAAAUAGACAAUUGAAAAUUGAAAAAUUGUUUGGAUCAAGAAAUAAUAUGUUAUAUUCCAUAGGGAGUAUGAAUGAAAUUGAAUCAAGGACAAAUGAAAAACAAAGAGUUGUCGGAACCCGGGUACAAAGAAUCGCUAAAAGUGGUUUGUGAAAUUUUAUAGGAAGGAAGCACUAGAAUAAAAGACUUUGCUUAAUUGGUUCUAAAGAAAGGUUAAAUUGUAUUUGGUUUACAAGUUAGAUAACGGAUUACCUUUUGGAUUUUUUGAGUUUGAUGGUCAUGUAUUGAAGAAAGGAAAGAAAAUAAGUUUAGAGAUGAGAACGGUGGGUUAAAGUAUGAGAUUGGGCUCCCAAGUUUUUGAUAAUGGACAAAUCUUUUGAAAUUUUUUAGUUGAAUGGUUAUGUACGAAAGGAGGGAAGAGAGAUGACUUAGGAUACAAGAACUUUGUUUUGAAGUAUGAGAUUGAACUUUAAUUUUUGAUUGAUGAUUUCUUUCGUUCUUUGGAUCGACAAUAAUGCUUGAGGUAUUAUUGUCUAUUAAGAUUUAAUUUGGAGCAAGUGGAUAAAGUAUUAUGGUGAGGAAGCAUGAUACUUUCUUAUAAUGGUCGAUGAGUUUCCAAGAAGAAUUAAAUGAGAUAAUAUUCUUACUUAAAAAGAAAAAAGAUUCUUUUAGUGUUGUAAAUGGAGGAAUAUAUGUUAGUUAGAUAAUGAACAAUCUUUUGGAUUUUUUGAGUUUGAUGGUUAUGUAUGUAAGGAAGGAAGAAAGGAAGAUAAAUUCGGAUACACGAGAAUUGUGGGUCAAAUUAUGAGAUUCGACUCCCUAGUUGUUGAUAACGGACAAUCUUUUGAAUUCUUUUAGGUUAAUGGUUAGAUAUGAAAGGAGACAUUUAGCUAUUUAAUGAUUUAAGUUGUUUUAUUUACUUGGCCAAAUGUAUUUAAACUCAUAAAAUUUAUUUUGAUAAAAUGUAUUUUAUGUUUUUGUUUUAAACGCGAAAAAUUUUACCGUUUUUUAUCUUUUUAAGUUUUUAUAUAGUCGUGACUCGUGAAAUUUAGUUGUGAUAUAGUAAUAUCAAAGUAAAAGUUCUUUAUGGUCCCACUCGAGAGAUGCUCCGCCACAAUCAAGAAUGAACACCUCAAAGACUUCAAGAUUAAGAUGCCUUUGGAUUUUGUGUUUGAUUAACUAUAGGGUUAUUGUACAAUCCGAUGUAAGAUGAUGACCUUGAGACCCCUAAGGACAAGUAGUAACCCUAAGAGUUCACAGAAAGAUGAAAGAACUAAGACUAUAGACCCUUAGAAAGAGGAUUAUCUCAACAGAAAGUCGUCUUUACAAAGCCAAAAGUAGUUUCAAAGAUUAAGGAACCUUCUAACACCAAGGAAAGGACUUAAGACCGUGAGAACCCACCAAUAAGCCUAGUACAAGAGAAGCCUCUAAGAUACAACCUUGAAGGAACCAAAAUGAUUAUAUCAAAGUUUGUUAAGUACAAAGAAGGAAAUAUGCUCCAAGAUAUAAGGAAAUACAAGGAUGACCUAGAAAGACUUGUAAUCUCAACAACAGAUAUAGAAGACAGUUAAGAAGAACAAAUGUUGGAAUAAGUACAUGGCCUCAAGGCAUAAGCUUAGGACAAAAGGCCACAACGGAAAAUUGGAAGGACAUGCCGGAGAACGAAAAAGUCAUGCAAGGACCCUCAAGGAACUUGGAAGGACAUAGCUAAGACUAUAUACUCCCCCAAGCCAUGGUAAGAAAGGUGAACUUUCAGGGACGAAAGUUCUUAAGAAUGGGAGAAUUUGUAAGAUCCCAAGAUUAAUAUAGUUCGUUAAGUUUAAGGUGCCCAAAAAAGGUUUAAUGGAUACAAAGAAAGAGAUUUUAAAUUAAGAGACGCAAGGAAAGUUAAUAAGGGGCCAAGAGAUGAUAUUCUUUUACUUAAAGAGGAAAAAAAUCCAGUUAGUGUGGUAAAUAGAGGACUAUGUUCGAAUAGACAAUUGGAAAGCGAAGAAUUGUUGGAAUCAAGUAACAAAAUGCCAUAUGACAUAAGAAGUAUGAAAGAAUUUGAAUCAAGGACAAAUGGAGUCGAGGAAUAAGAUAUCUAAAAAUGGGGGUUGUGAAAUUUUAGAGGAAGGACUCCUUAGAAUCAAAGAAUAUGCUUAUAUUAUGAGAUUGGACUUCAACUUUUGAUAGAUGAUUUCUUGCCAUUCUUUGGAUCGAAAAUAAUGUUUGAGGUAGUAUUAUCUAUUAAGGUUUAAUUUGGGACAAAUGAAUGAAGUAUUGUGAUGAUGUAAUUGGGUACUGCCGGGAGAACGGUAUAUAGGUUUCCUUGAAGAAUUAAAUGACGUAAUCUUUACUUAAAAGAGGAAAAAGAUCCGAUUAGUGUUGUAAAUGGAGGACUAUAUAUUUGAAUAGACAAUUGAAAAGAAUAAAUUAUUGGAAUCUAAGUUCUAAGAUGUCAUAUGUCAUCAGAAGUAUGAAAGGAUUUGAAUGAAGGACAAUUGGAAAACGAAGAAUGGUUGGAAUCAAGAAUUAAGGGAUUGCAAAAAGAGGUCUAUGAAAUUUGAGAGGAAGGAAGGUCAAUUAGUACUAAAGAAAAGUUAAAUUGUAUUUGGUCUAUGAACCAUCGUAUAAUUUUUUUUUAUUGCUAAGGAAUUAUUGUUUUGAGGAGUGGAGGUGAAUUUUUGCUAUUUAGGCUCUAGAUGGUAAAAUAUUUACAAUUUGGGUGGGAGUGUUUGGAUAUUGGGACAAAGGUACGUAAUGGAGCCAAAACGGAUAUCUUUUGGUAUAUGAUUGGUGUAAGCUUAGACUUUGACAAUCUCCCAUUCCUUAAAAAAAAAAAUGAGCAAAAUUAGCGUUCCACUUUCCCUGUUGAAUUAAAAACAUGAACUUUUGAGGACAAUCUCCCUUUUCUUUGGCACAAGCAUCAUGAAGAUGCGGAUAUACUCGUAUAGUAAGUAGGCAGCAACCCAUCGAAGGCUGUAAUGAGUAUUCAUUAAAUACGAUAAAGAUAGCAACUUUUGGGGAAGCUACACAAUUUAAUGAUCGUUAAAACAGAGCGUUUUUAGCCACCUGUGUUCGCGUGUGUGCGUCUCUAAAAUUGGUCGCACGCAGUCAGGUGGAGAUGCGGGUCAUCAACCACAUAAUAACCAAACUCAACGCCACGUCGCCGGUGGAUAAGACAACGGCGUCGCACAGAAUCAAAUCCCUCCCACUGCAAAAGUGGACUGUCACAGCCCAUUCCAAUUCAAACUCUCCCCACUAAACCAAAUUUCGUAUUCAAAUUUCAAUUUCUCGAGUGGGAAAAGGUAAAAAGAAAUACCCAUUUCAUCUUUUUCGUGAUAGGACGGGUUGAACAGUAAUUGGGCAUCGAUUUUCGUUUCUUCAAUCUCUAAUACAGUUUGGGUUUUGAGUAUCAAAGUAGAUGAAGCAGCGGCGAUUUGAGAACUAACAGUUGUGGAUCUUCCCAUUCGCGGUCUUCCAUGGCUGGACCAUCAUGGCUGGUAGAUAGCAAUAGAAUUGCAACAAAAAUUAGGAGUGCAUCUGGAACCAGCCAUCCUCGAAGUGUCGAAUGGAAAAGCAACCCGAGCAGAAGUUGUCCAAAUUGCCAACAUACAAUUGAUAACAGUGAUGUUGCUCAAGAGUGGCCUGGAUUACCUAGAGGAGUAAAAUUUGAUCCUUCUGAUCAAGAAAUUGUAUGGCAUCUGCAAGCCAAAGUUGGCAUUGGUGGUUCAAGGCUGCAUCCCUUUAUUGAUGAGUUCAUACCAACUGUUCUUGAGGAUGAUGGCAUAUGCUAUACCCAUCCUCAAAAAUUACCAGGUGUUAAGCAAGAUGGCAGUGUAUCUCACUUCUUUCACAGAGCAAUCAAGGCAUACAAUACUGGAACUCGAAAGCGUCGGAAGAUAACCGGCGAUGAUUUUGGUGAUGUUCGCUGGCACAAGACCGGAAGGACAAAACCAGUGGUUAUCGACGGGGUUCAGAAAGGGUGCAAGAAGAUUAUGGUUCUAUACAUGAGCUUUGCCAAAGGAGGUAGAGCUGAGAAAACCAAUUGGGUUAUGCACCAAUAUCACUUGGGGACUGGGGAAGAUGAAAGGGAUGGGGAAUAUGUCAUUUCCAAAAUAUUUUACCAGCAACAAAACGUCAAGCAUGGUGAAGUUACUGAACAGGAAAUUCCUCAAAUCGUCGAUGCCGUAAAAGUCGAUCCCCGUACUCCAAAGUCCGCAACUCCCGAGCCUCCUCGCGUUGAAUGUAGAUGCGUGAAUGUUGAUCAAGAACAGGAUUCCGUUGUCAUCUCCACAAGUGCCCUUGUUGAGGUUCCAUCUGAAUCUGAUAAGUCAGACAAACACGAUACGAUCAAGCUAGACGGUUGCUCUGUUGAAGUGAUCAACGAUAACGAAAAUAACAUCGACGAAGAACCAAAAUGGUGGGAAGGAGAGUCACAGAACAUACUGAACUCCCAACAACUUGUGGAAGCAUUGUCUCUAUGUGAUGAUCUCCUUCAGAGCCAGUCGCCCCCUAGAGACGGGAACGCCAACAAUGGCGCUUCACGGAGCAAAUCUUUAUUUUCUGAAUAUUCAAAAUUAGGACCAGAGGAUCUAAAGAAGGAUUUAGAAGAGUGCCAAAAUCUUGUCCUAGAUCCAGGAAACAUCGAACUCGACACACCUCCCGAGUUCCGACUUAGCCAGCUUGAUUUUGGAUCACAAGAGAGCUUCUUGGCUUGGGGUGGCAAGGCGGAGUAGCAAUGGCGCGCCUGCAAUAUUGUAUUUUUUGUUUUCUCGACUACAAGCUUCGACAGGGCAAAAGAGCCCCAGCUUUGUAAACAUAACUCUCGUUCUAAACUCGUUUAAAUUUCGAAAACUCCUUUAAACGCUUCAUGCUGGGACAUUGAAAAGGACAAGACAUCAUUAAAAAAGGGAAACUGUCUCUGAUAUUGGGAUGUCAUUUUCAGAGCCAACGAUGGAGUGUAAUCUUAUUACCAAGUGUUACAACAUGACAUGAUAAGAUGAAGACAUUGAGUGUGUCCAAGUAAAGAAAAACAAAGUGAACGAGGGUCGAUCCGAAGUUUAGAGGUUUAAGAGGUCGAGAUGUACGUGGAACUUGUCGUGUCUUAGGAGCGGAGAUCACAUGAGCUGGCUAAGAAAAUGGCUUUAGAGAACUGAUGUUUUUGUAGCUGUAGAAUGAAAGGAAUGGCUGUCUCCCAAGUGCGUGUUAGCAUGUCGACAGGCGAAUAGGAUGGGUGCGUUUGUGUCCAGCAUUUGCAUUCAACUCCAUGGUCCCUCUCUCCUUUCUCAUCCUCUCUUGAGCUUUCUUCUUUUGUUCUAUAAUGGAUCGUUUCCUACGUGAUUUGACAAUGGUGGUGGGAUUGUUUUUUUUAGGUUCAAUUACAUCUCUAUACCUUUCGUCA